UCUUCAGGUUUUAAGGUCAGACUGACCGGCUCAGGCUCCAGUCGCUGCUCCGGACGAGUUGAGGUCUAUUACUCCGGCAGCUGGGGGACGGUGUGUGACGACGGAUGGAAUCUGAACGCCGCUCAGGUGGUCUGCAGACAGAUGGGCUGUGCUUCGGCUCUGAGCGCCCCGGGUUCUGCAGCGUUUGGUCAGGGAAGCGACCCCAUCCUGCUAGAUAACGUGGUGUGUUCAGGGACCGAGCAAACUCUCAGAAACUGUCAGCACAGAACCAUUAUGGAACACGACUGUUCCCACAGUGAGGACGCCAGUGUCAUCUGCUCAGGUUUCAACGUCAGGCUGAGCGGCUCAGGCUCGACUCGUUGCUCCGGCAGAGUUGAAAUCUUUUACUCCGGCAGUUGGGGAACGGUGUGUGACGACGGAUGGGACAUGAAAGAUGCCACGAUCGUCUGCAGGCAGUUGGACUGUGGCACUGCUCUGAGGGCCCUGAGUUCUGCCGCGUUUGGUGAGGGAAGGGACCCCAUCCUGCUCGAUGACGUGGAAUGCACAGAAAGUGAAGACGUUCUGUCCCAGUGUCCACACAAAACAAUAACAGAACACAACUGUAACCACGGCGAAGAUGCCAGUGUCAUUUGUUCAGAGAGCGUCACAAAGCUUACCUUCUCCAUUAACCCUGCCAACGAGGUUGACCUGGGCAUGGGGGUCAGUAUCACCUGCUCCAUGUCAACUCUUCAUCUGAGCGGAACCUUCGUCCUGCAGCACAUCUCAGGAUCCAGUGGGAAUCGAACCCUAGCCACAGCUUCCAGUUCUGUAACCUUCAACAUCAGUGAGGUCGGCUUACAGGACGAGGGAACGUACCAGUGUCUGUUUCAGACCAGUGUUGGAGAUCGAGACUUCAGGUCACCACCAAGUGACCCUUUCUCUAUUGUUGUCAGAGUACCACAGCCCCAGGUCUCAAUAACCACUGCUGAUUGGGUGAUACUGCAGCCUAAGGAGGCAGAGGUAGUGCUGGGUAAACGCUUCACCGUCACCUGCUCAGUGCACCGCUCCUUCGGCACAGGUUUUUUCUCUCUCACUUCCCCCGCUGGCACUUACAGCCGGCCUGAAGUCAACCAGUCUGCCGUCUUUGAGUUCCCCCCCGCCCAGACUGAACACCAGGGCAAAUACAGCUGUGUGCAUGAAAUCAUCCAGUCCUCGAAGAACGCCACCUCCAUGAAGACGUCUUUUAUUAUCCAAGUGAGAGCGCCUUGGUGGACAAUGGUUUUUAUAGUGGUGUUGGUGAACGUGGUGCUCCUCCUGCUGGUCUUGUGGAUUACCUGUCUGUUGCAUAGAAGAAGACAUCGAUGGACUCAGCCAAGCCGACGUGUUCCAGUCGCUGCCACAUAUCAGCGUGGAAAGUCUGAAGCGGAGGAGCCACACUACAUAAACAUGGACCCAAAACUGAUGAAGCAGAAUGAGGGAAGAGUGGGUGAAGCUUGUAGCACAGAAGCAAAGAGUAUUGACUGUUGUGAUGAGGAGGUGGAGGAGGGUGAGGCCUGUCAGGGAGUGUCCAACAGAGAAGACCAUGGGUGUGCACUGAGCUCUCACGUCUAUGUUCUGGACACAGAGAAGAGACAGGUGUGUAGCAGACCUGUGGGGAAGGUCAGCAGUGACACAGAAGAUGACUAUGAGAACGUCAGCAAGCCCUCACGCAACGUCUCUAAGAACAUGUAUACAGACAAAGACUGUAUCUAUGAAAACUAUUAACCCACGCUGAGUUCCUUUAACUUUAAUGUUUUUUUUUUGUUCACUAAUGUGGCCUUUAUUCAAGCUUUGCUCAGUAUGAUGACUUAUAUGUAUAAUACUGACAUAUAGUUGUGUUUUUAUUUUUUUAAGCUUCCACCUGGUUGCUUUAUAGCUGACCGUGUCGCUGUUUACUGUUUUGGCUAAAAUUAGCCCGGCUAAAAUUAGCUCUGCUGUUAAAAUAAAAAUUUGAGUCACAUUUUCAAAUUUGAAUUUACCAACAUAAAACAUAAAAGAAAAACAACAACAGAAACUAACAUAUCAAUCACAUUAGAGUUGCAGUUUGCAAACAUUUUCUUUUAACAUUUAUUAUGUUCAAUACUAAAUUUUACUAGGGCUAGGCUAGGCUAAGCUAGCACUGAUAACACCUCGCCGCUUGUAAACACUUAUUGGAUAACUAACAAAAAGGUUUUUGGUUCAUGUUUGCUCUCUUUUGGUUCUGAUAUUAUAAAUAAAAUGUAACACAUCAAAGUGUGAGGGUGAAACUUGUCAAAUCUGUUGGAGACAAAAACAGAAGU